ACGUUCACGUGAAGUUUUGCCUAGCAAGGCACAAAACAUCAGCAUUUGCAAUCUACUCCUGGAAUUGCGCUUCACCGUUUUCGAGAUUAGAGAUAUAACUAUGAUAUAUGAGCCGGAGGUACCGACCGCGCGUCAGCGAGCCAUAACAUAGUCUUGAGUCUACUAGAACGGUGGCAGUGGUGAUGAAGCGAUACCAGUCCCAUUGACCGCACUGCGCUGAAGUGACCCAUUCGCAGCCAUGGCCCGGCCGGGAGCGGUACUGCUGCUGCUCCUGCUGACGUCAGCGGCCGCGGUCCGGUACCGCUGGCUGGACCCGGUGUCCCUCCACGGUCCGGCUGUGCAGAUACUCUCUGCUGAAUCGGAGAUCGACUGCGGUCUCCUUUGCGAGGGAGCUACUCCUGAAGAGUGCAGCGGCUUCAUCUACGGGCCCGUUGACGGCACGUGUCGUCUGUUCUCUGGCGACUGCCGCGGUCCGGCCGUCGUCAGCUCUCAACAGACUACCGAACGCUACAUGGCCCGAUCCAAAUGUUCCGGUGACGCAUCCGAUCCCUGCGCCUGUCCGGCCGGCUUCAGCCGCUGUGCCGGCCGCUGUCUGAAGCGACUGGACCUGGCAGUCUUCUACCCCGAAGCGGAGAGCCAGUGCGCCGCGCUGGGCGCCCACCUGGCCGUGCCCCGCUCAGACGAGGAGAACCAGUGCGCCAUAGACGCCGCCACUGAUGUCGAAGUGUGGCUGGGUAUCAACGACACCGUCACCGAGGGGCAGUUCGUCGGCGCCGACGGCUGCGGCACCGCGUCGUCCACCGGUCCCCAAUGGGUGGAGGGGCAGCCUAACGACCUCUCCGGUCAGGACUUUGUGGUCCUGUUCCCGGUAGAACGAGGUAGCGGCUGGGCUGACGAACCAGCUUUAUCACUGUAUAGGCCCCUGUGUCAACUGGGGGCCUGCUAUCAGCCUGGCUGCCUAUGAAGUCGCUCACUGGCGAGCCCAGCGGCUAGCUGAUAAUUGAUAUGUCGUCAAGAUUAGUCCCGUAAAGUGCACCGUAUGAGUACUAUGUAGGACUUAACGAUAUGAUAUGAUGGGCUUGCUUAAUGACGACAGCUUGCGUUUCAUGUUUGGGCGACACAACUUUGAUAUUUCACCAAAGCGCUUUAGAAUACCCUGCGUCGUCGUUUGAAAUGUUUGACAAUUCACAGCCUCAUCAGUUUAGGGUUUAUUACGUCAGUGUUGUCAGUGGUGUGUGUAUGGUUGCUACGUUGCAGGCUGCACUCUGGCUUAUUUGAUAUCACGGAAAAUGGCCACAUUACGGUAGCUACUGAGCUUUGUUGCACUUUGCGCUAGUGCCUCCGUCUCGGACGCUUUCUUGCAAUUGCUUAAUAACCCUGGCUUUGCUGAGGGAGGGGGCAUUACGCCAGGUUUUGUGUGCCUGUUGAGAAUUAUUUUAUCAUGAUGUAACGUUUUAAAAAGGUUGUGUUUUAUUUCCCUGACUUCACCUGUUAGUGGAGAGCUCUUGGUGACAAUCGCAAAUAAACAAUAAACAAAAAAUAAAAUCAGUUCAAUUUUU